UAGGUUCACUCUGAUCGAAUAUCAAAUGGCAGUGUUAUAAUGCCAGUGGCAACAGUUAUAAUUUUUUUGGGAUAUCUGAAAAUUUUGAGCAAAGUGAUUUAAGAAUCGUCUUUCAAGUGCAAUGGGUAUUCAUAGCUAUAUCAAAUUUGAAAAAAUGGCCAACAAGAUUAUCUUCUUUCCCGAAGUCAGUCCGGAAGAUAUGGAAAAAAGCGGAAAAUCCAGGGUGGAGGAAGAAAAAUGUCUACAGGGUGGUGAUGACAAGAAAUCUGUUACAUACGUCAUAAACAGCAACGAACUGGAGGAGGAUAGGGGUGGCUGGGGACACAAGCUGGACUUCCUAAUGUCCUGCAUCAGUCUUUCGGUGGGUCUGGGCAAUGUUUGGAGGUUUCCGUAUUUGUGUUACAAAAAUGGAGGGGGAGCAUUUUUGGUAACCUACACGAUAGCAAUGAUCUUCUGUGGCAUUCCUCUAUUUUUUCAAGAAGUAGCUGUAGGCCAAUACCUGGGUUCAGGAGGAAUGACUUUUGUAGGACACCUGUGCCCUAUUCUAAAGGGUGUAGGAUUUGCCACGAUGACCAUAGUGUUCCUACUCGAUAUUUACUACUGUAUUAUCAUAGCUUGGACAUUAUUUUAUAUUAUAACUACAAUAGCUUCUGUACCAGUACUAACAUGGGACAGUUGUGGUAAGUGGAAUACGGAGAAUUGUUGGCUAGCAAGACGCAAUCUUUCUCUAUAUAAUGAAAGCAGAAGGUCUACAUCUCCUGUUGAAGAAUUUUUCGAUAACAAAGUUUUGGGAAUCACAAAGGGUUUGGAAGACUUAGGGGGUCUACAGUGGAACUUAUUUGUAUGCCUAGUUUUGGGAUGGAUUGGUAUAUAUUUUAUUAUUAGAAAAGGGCUACACCAAAGUGGCAAGGUAAUCUGGUUUUCCGCUCUCUUCCCCUACGUCAUCCUGUUCAUUAUGCUGGUUCGCGCCGUCACGCUAGAGGGCGCCGGAGGCCUUUAUUAUUACGUGGUGCCCCGCUGGACGCUGCUCACGCCGGGACCCUGGAUGGACGGAGCCUCCCAGAUAUUCUUCGCCUACAGCAUUGGAUGUGGGGCUCUGCCCGCCUUGGGAUCGUAUAAUAAGUUCCACCAUAACGCUUACAAAGAUGCUGUCAUCACCUGCAUAGUAAACACCUUAACCUCAGUGCUAGCUGGCGUUGUGACGUUCUCGAUCCUAGGUCACUUGGCACACGAACAAAAUGCCGACGUGAGUGACGUGGUCAACAGCGGUCCAGGCCUGGUGUUCUUGACCUAUCCGGAGGUCGUCCUAAAAUUACCGGGGGCGUCGUUUUGGGCCGCCACAUUCUUCAUCAUGUUACUGGUACUUGGUAUCGACAGUGCCUUUUGCUUGGUGGAGUCUUUCAUUACUGGAUUUAUGGAUAAUUGGUCAACUUUUUUGAGGCCUCACCGAGUGAUGUUCACAACGAUUGUUUGCGUCAUCAUGUUCUUAUUGGGAAUUCCUAUGGUAACCCAGGGUGGUAUGUAUGUCUUCCAACUGAUGGAUUACUACUCAGCGAGCGGAAUGUCUUUACUGUGGGUGUGUUUCUUCCAAACCGUAGCCAUUUCAUGGUCCUUUGGUGUUGAUAAGCUGUGCGACUGUAUAGAACAGAUGAUGGGUCACAGACCUAACUUGUUCUGGAGGAUAUGUUGGAAAUACUGUGCUCCAAUCGUUAUAGCGAUAAUAUUUGUGGGCCAUAUUUUGGAAUACCAAACUCUCACUUAUGGAGAUUACAAGUAUCCGUUGUGGGCGAAUAUUGUUGGAAUGUGCAUUAGUUUUUCUUCCAUGAUUUGGAUACCGAUCUAUGCUUUGUAUUACGUCUUGACAGAACCAAAUUCUAUAUUACAGAACCUGAAAAACGGACUGGUACCUCUAAUCAAACAGAGGAAAAUAUCAAUGUGUGAUAAGAACACUGGCCAGGUGUUCACUCAGAGCAGCGUGGGACUGAUAACACCAGCGCCAUCUUUUAUCCAAAGUGACAAUGACAAACAAAACGCCGAGUGUUAACAUUAGUUUAAUUUAAAAUUUAAAUAAUAGAGAUAUAGAUUUGAAAUAACUAUUUUUAGAAUUUUAGAAAGGAAUCUGAAAUAUUUGUGCUUCAUAUACUUAGGUACUUUUUGCACAACCUCUGUAAAGAAAAGAAAUAUAUUAUACAGAGUAGUACAGAUUUUUGUAAGAGGAUUCUUAGCGUCAAUAGGUAGUUAUCUUGACUUGCUACAAGAAACUGUGCCACCCUGUAUACUAUAAAGAAUCUAGGAAAUAAAUUAAUUAGAUUAUACAAAAUAAAACGACAUCAUUUUGAAUCAUUCCAAAGUUAUGUUCCAGUACUAGAAUACCAAGAUUAACUAACUUAUUUUUAUUUUCAAUUAACAAAAUAAAAACUAAAUAUUUUAAUUUUAAUAGCAAUUAGAUCAUGACAAAUUUUAAAUAGAGUAAUUAUUCAUUGUUACUUAUAUCCUAAGUUUUCUACAGGGUCUAUUUGAUUAAAAUACCCUUCAUUUAAUGGUAGAAUGAAGGGAAUACAUACUAUGUAUUGUUUUAAUAUACUCAACGAUAACUUAAAUUAGGCUUGACAAAUGUAACUAAAAAUUAAUUUUAUGAGAUCUGCAGUAUUAUUUAACUACUUAAUUUUUAAUUUAUUUUGAGAAAGGAUACACUGUGAUUUGAAUUUUAGAUUAAAUAAAAAUAAU